CUCCCCCCGAAGUCCUGGAGAACAUGCAAAACACCUCGUCCCUCCCCGUCCUGGAGGGCCAGGCUCUGCGGCUGCUCUGUGCUGCUGACGUCAACCCCCCUGCACACCUGAGCUGGUUCCAGGGGACCCCAGCCCUGAACGCCACCCCCAUCUCCAGCACCGAGAUCCUGGAGCUGCCUCGGGUCCAAAUGGAGCACGAAGGGGAAUUCACCUGCCGCGCCCAGCACCCCCUGGGCUCCCUGCACGUCUCUCUGAGCCUCUCUGUGCACUACCCCCCGCAGCUGCUGGGCCCCUCCUGCUCCUGGGAGGCCGAGGGGCUGCGCUGCAGCUGCUGCUCCCGAGCCCAGCCGGCCGCCUCCCUGCGCUGGCGGCUCGGGGAGGGGCUGUGGGAGGGGAACGGCAGCCACGACCCCUUCACGGCCACCCCCAGCUCAGCCGGGCCCUGGGCCAACAGCUCCCUGAACCUCCGAGGGGAGCUCAGCUCCGGCCUCAGGCUCAGCUGCGAGGCCCGGAAUGUCCACGGGACCCGGAGCGGCACCGUCCUGCUGCUGCCAGGAAAGUCAGUCUUGGGGGCCGGAGUGGUUCCUGCGGCCCUGGCAGGUGCUGGUGCCAUGGCCUUGUUCUCCGUCUGUGUGUGCCUCACCUUCUUCUGCGUGUGA